AUGACAUGGGGUUCAAAACCGUUUGCAGUGAAGAAGUUUUACUACCUGUGUACAUUCAGAAAAAACUUAAAUGUCGAUACGUCGAGCAUAGUAUUCCUUUUUUAAAGAUAGCACCAUUUAAAGAAGAAGAAGUCUACCUGGAACCUAGAAUUGUUGUAUACCAUGAUGUCAUUCACGAAGAUGAAAUAGAGGCUUUUAAAAGAUUGGCAAAGCCAAAGUUAAAAAGUGCAAAAGUGAGAAAUUUUGCCACUGGUAAAAAGGAACCCUCCACAGGCAGAAUUGCCAAAAAUGCCUAUCUUGAAAAUGACGAAAAUGAACACAUUCAGCUUUUGAGGCGUCGAGUGCAGCAUAUGACAGGCUUGACAGUUGACACAGCCGAGCGAUUGCACAUUUCCUAUUACACAAUCGGAGGUUUUUAUUUGCCACAUUUUGAUGCCGUGCAUGAAGAGGACAAAAACUCUUUGAAAGAAUUUGGCACUGGAAAUCGUAUAGCAACGGUUCUGUUUUAUAUGAAUGACGUUGCGAAAGGAGGCAGUACAGUUUUCCCCGCGCUGAACUUUACCAUAAAGCCUAAGAAAGGUAGCGCAGUCUUCUGGUACAAUCUCAAACGGAAUGGCGAAAUAGAAUAUCUAGCUGUACAUGGAGCAUGUUGGGUACUUUCUGGAACUAAAUGGAUUUCAACUAUUUGGCUUCACGAACACGGUCAAGAAUUUCGCAGGCCCUGCACUUUAUUGGAAGAUGAAUGAGUCAUCUAUUUGAAGUUAAUCGCAAAAUAAUGGAACGUGAAUAAUCUGGAAUUAUGGAGGUUGUAUAUACUGUGCGAGUAGACUUCGCCAUACGUUUUUAUGUUAAGCAUUAAUUUUAAAAUUAUGAGACGAAUGUUUCGCGUACAUAAUUAAUUUUGUUAAUCAUCAUUUUGCAUUAAUAAACAAUUCUCUAGAUAUUUCACAA